AUGUUGCUGCACUGGGUUUUCACGGCUCUGUGCCUCGUUCCUGGGAUUGCGUCGGCUCAGAACCCGACUGUUUAUAUCAUUCGCCAUGGCGAGAAGCCCAAGAAUAAGGAUGAUCAUGGCCUCACCUUGGAUGGGAUCAAGCGGGCGCAAUGUCUACGCAGUGUGUUCGGCGAGGGAUCAGGAUAUAAUAUUGGGCAUAUUAUGGCGCCUCAUGUUAAAGACGAUGGCGCGCACCGCCGUGCGUUCCUGACUGUCCUUCCUCUCGCCACUGAUCUUGGUCUUACCGUUGAUACACACUGCAAGCGCACACGGGUAGAAUGUGUUGCAAAGACGGUUCGGUCCUAUGAUGGACCGGGCAAUAUUCUGAUUGCAUGGCGACACACAAAUAUGGGUGGGAUUGAGAAGGCGCUUGGUGCUUCUGAUCCUAUCGAGUAUCCGGAUGACCGGUGA